UUUUAUUUAUGAGUUUUUGUUUAAAUUGAGAGAAAAAAAUGAAUUUCAUUGGGCGACAUGAUCACUUGGCGGGUUAUCAAAGGGUUAAUACCGCGGCCUACGGUGUGCCGUUAUGGAAUAAGGACGAUUCUGCAAAUUUUGUACAGGAUAGUAUCUCAUGGAAAUGGCAAAAGGGUUCACGCGUCAGCACAAUAAAUGACUGGUUACAGAUAAAAAUUGGCGGAGAUGAUGAAGUUAAGAAGAAGAAGGGAAAUAAGCAGUUUAAUCGCAUCAAAUCUACAAAAUAUACAUUAAUCACUUUUUUGCCACAAAAUCUUUUCGAACAAUUUCGACGAAUUGCCAAUUUUUAUUUUUUAGUAAUGACAAUAAUUUCCCUUCUAAUUGACAGUCCGGUAUCGCCGAUGACAUCAUUCCUGCCAUUAGUUUUUGUGAUCGCUGUUACUGCAGCAAAGCAAGGCUAUGAAGAUUUCUUGCGUUAUAAGACCGAUAACAUAGUUAAUCGCUCACCAGUGACGGUGAUACGUAAUGGUGUGGAAGUGAAUAUACAGUCACAAUAUGUAUCUCCGGGUGAUUUGGUUGUUGUGGAACGUGACUGUGAUGUACCAUGUGAUUUAGUUUUGUUGCGUUCAUCAGAUCCACAUGCAAAAUGUUUCAUAACGACUGCCAAUUUAGAUGGAGAAUCCAAUUUGAAAACGUUAUUGGUGCCACGUGAUUUACCUUUGGUUGAAAUCAAUAAAAUGCACAAAUUGGGCGUUAUUGAAUGCGAGAGCCCCAAGACUGAUCUCUACAGCUUUAAUGGUAAAAUAGAAUUAUCUGGUGGUGAAGGACGUGUACUGCCACUAUCAGCUGAAAAUGUAUUGUUACGUGGUUCGCGUGUUAAAAACACGGAAUGUGUAAUUGGUUGUGCAAUUUACACAGGCAUGACAACCAAAUUGCAGCUGAACAGUCGUCUCACUCGUAACAAAUCUGCCUCCAGUGAAGUUUACAUAAAUCGAUUUCUAAUUUUUGUAUUAAUUGCAUUGAUUGUGAUUGUCACAAUUUUAUACUUUUUAAAACGUUAUGAUGAACUUUAUGUAAUACCUAAGCUCUCUUAUUUGGGACCACCAGCGGAUGGUUAUAGUGUUAAACAGUUUCUGCAGGAUUAUCUUUCAUUUCUCAUACUUUUCAAUUACUUGAUUCCAAUUUCAUUGUAUGUAACAAUUGAAAUGCAUCGUGUUAUUGGCGGUUUCUUUAUGGAGUGGGAUACACAAUUAUAUGAUGAAGACACAGAUCAACCUUGUAUAGUUAAUACAUCAAAUCUGAAUGAGGAACUGGGGCAAAUUAAUAUAUUAUUCUCUGAUAAAACGGGUACUUUAACAAAAAAUGAAAUGAUAUUCCAACAGUGUUCAAUUAGUGGACGUAAAUUUGUUUAUAAAAAGACGCGAUUGCAAGAAGAGGGUACUGGAGCAUUAUUCGAUAUAAACAAAUUUAAUAACGAUCAAAAAAAUUUCUUUCAAGCUCUUGCAAUUUGUCACACAAUACAAGUAGCUGGAGACACAAAUUCCACUACCAAAGAGGAAAGUAAAGAUGGUAAUGCAAUAUCUGGCUUAGCUAAAAUGUAUUCGAUUUCUGACAUCACCGAAGAGUCACAUACAUCUAGUCAACAAAGCGAUGUUAAUUUGGAUAAUUCAAAUAUAUUAGAAACUUCACUUUCCACAAAUCCUAAUGGUAAAGUGAGUACCACAUCUGAUGUUAAUCCAUUACUCGACGAUAGCAAUAAAGUUGAACGACGUAAGCGUCCACAAAUAGUUAAACGUAGUCCAAAUUUCGCACGUCCUGCUACACGUGUACAUCCAGUUACUAUAUCCUUGCCACCAGUGCUUAAUACAAAUGGUAAUGUUUUAGAGAUGGUGAAUGGAUCAACUGAACGGCCUGUAUUGUUUCCAAGUUCAUUGCAAAAUUUGCCGAGUGGUCGACCAAUAUCUAUGCAAUUUAAUCGUUCUACUUCAGAAGUGGAUUUACCGGAAUUUGGUAGUAACGCUGUCCACGGUCAUAGACGUUCACAAUCAUAUGGUGCACCGGGUGCAUAUAUUACACAACAAGGAAACCCAGCAGCAGCUGUUAUUAAUCGAACUUCGAGUACAGCUUCACGAGAGUCUUAUGCCGCUCCAAAUUUCCAAAGACAACCUACUAUUUUAAUACGCAAAGAAUCACAGCGUCGGAAGAAUGAAAUUGAACAAGUUGUACAUGAGAUGGAUUACCAGGCUUCUAGUCCAGAUGAAAAAGCACUUGUGGAAGCUUGUGCACAUUUGGGUCUUGUAUAUACCGGAGAUGAUGAUGAUAUUUUACGUGUACGCAUUGUGCCACCACACAUGGAUUAUACAAGACCCUUUAGUGUGGGUAAAACCAAUGAAAUCCAUUUUGAUCGAUUACAUAUCUUAGAGUUCACAUCCGAUCGUAAACGUAUGAGUGUUAUAGUCAAGGAUGAAAAUGGCACAAAAUGGAUCUAUACUAAAGGUGCUGAAAGUUAUGUUUUUCCCUUGUGUGCAAAUAGCUCGGCUGAUAUGAUUUCUAAAACAGAUGCACAUAUUAGCGACUUUGCGAGACAUGGCUUAAGAACACUAGCUAUAGCACGUAAACGAAUAGCCGAAGCUGAUUAUCAACAAUUUUUAUUGGAACUUAGUGCCGCUAAUAGUUCACUGGAAAAUCGUAAAGAAUUAAGUGAACAGUGUUAUGCUAAAAUUGAAAGAGAACUAGAUUUGCUUGGUGCAACGGCAGUAGAAGAUGCAUUACAAGAUGAAGUUGCUGAUACCUUGAUCUCACUGCAAAAAGCUGGUAUAAAAAUUUGGGUGCUUACAGGUGACAAAGUGGAGACUGCAUUAAAUAUUGCACUAUCUUGUGGUCACAUACCGCCAAAUGCUAUAAAGUACUUCAUAAUGGAUUGUACACGAAAAGAGGAUAUGUUAAUACAUUUAAAUGCAUUAGAUCGUGAAAUAGUUUUCGGUAUAGGUACCGACUGUGCGCUUUUGAUUGAUGGUAAAAGUUUAGCUGUUGCUUUGGCUGAAACUCCAGACGAAUUUCGGGAUGUGGCUAUUAAAUGUACUGCAGUACUUUGUUGUCGUCUCAGUCCAUUGCAAAAGAGUGAAGUAGUUGCUUUAAUAAAAACAUCAAAACAAAACUAUAAUACAGCAGCUAUUGGGGAUGGGGCGAAUGAUGUAUCUAUGAUUCAAGAAGCACAUGUAGGCAUUGGUAUUAUGGGUAAAGAAGGUAGACAAGCAGCACGAUGUGCAGAUUUUGCUUUUGCGAAAUUUUGCUUUUUAAAACGUUUGCUAUUGGUACAUGGACACUACCACACGACACGUUUAUCAUUUUUGGUGUUAUAUUUCUUCUAUAAAAAUAUUAUUUUCAUGGGCAUACAAUUUUUGUUCCAGUUCCACACACUGUUUUCAUCAUCUUCUGUUUAUGACUCUUUGUUCUUAACAUUGUACAAUGUCAUAUAUACAUCUUUGCCAAUAUUCUUUAUAUCACUGACUGAGAAACCCUACACUGAAGAAACUUUAUCAAGACAACCGGAACUUUAUAAAAAGAACACACACAAUAAGCAACUUCAUUGGCCCUAUUUCUUAGCUUGGACGAUCAAUGGUGUUUAUCAAUCGCUAAUAAUAUUUUAUUUUGCCUACUUCGUAUUUUCCACAAAUAAUGUCAUAUUAAAUAUUGGACAAACUGCUGAAUUUUCAUGUUUUGGAGCUUUACUGAUCGAACUGGUAGUCAUUGUAGUUAAUCUAAAAAUAUGGCUUGAGUCAAAAUAUUUAAGCUACUGGUACAUUGUAACCAUUGUUGGUUCCAUACUAGCUUUUAUGGUUACUACGCUUAUUUACAAUUUCAUUAAUGUCCAAUAUGAUACUGAUUUUUACUAUUCGUACAAUUACCUUUUGAGUUCUUUGCCAGUUUGGUUGUUUGUCAUAUUAACGACAGUGGCUUGUUUGGUGCCGGACUUUACAUUUAGAAUGGCAAGAAAAGGUCUUAACUUACCAAAGCGUAGCUUUUAUCCUGGCAGAGAUCGUUUACGUAGACAACAACUACGUGAAAAAGUCAACUCCACACACUUGUAAGAACAGAUGACUAUAAGAACAUGACUACACACAUAUGUCUUUACUGACUCCGAACUUCACAUUUAAUAUGGAAAUAAAAUUUCUAAGCUUACCAAAGCAUAGCUUUCUUCCUGUCAGGAAACGUUUACUCAAACAACUGUUAAGUGAAAAAAUUAACUCUGUACACUAAAAACAACAGAUGACUACAUCUUUAUAGACUACAUAAAAGGGUAAACUCUACACAUUUAUGAGAACAUAUGUCUUCGCUGACUGUGGAUUUUACAUUAAAUAUGUCAAGAAAGAUCUAAACUUACCGAAGCGUAGCUUUAAUCCUUACAGGAAAUGAUAACGUAGACAAAAGCUACCGGAAAAAGUUGACUCUUCAAAUUUAUAUGAACAGUUGAUUUUAUCUUUUUAGACUACGUGAAAAAGUUAACUUCAUACAGUUAUAAGAAGAGAUAACUUCAUCUUAAUAGACUAUGUACUGUUUUUCAUUCCGAUUUUCGUUUUUGUAAAAUAUUGUUGAUAGAAUAGUGUUACUUAAGUUAAGUUAUGUACAGUGAUAACUUUCUUAGUAAGAAAGUUUUUAAAAAC